AUGGGGAAGGCUUACAAAUACAUGACUGGUAUUUUUUCAGUGACUCAUACCUUAGAGCAACAGGCUUCAGAUUGCGGUAAGCGGCGAAGCAGGAUGGAUGUAAGCUUACUUGAGGAGCAGUACGACCAUAUAAAACAGAAGCAAAAACUGCAGUCACACAUGAUUGUAUUUAAAACAGGUGAACAUGAAUCCGUUCUCCAGGAAUCGAUGGUCAAUGCUGUUUCAGUUAAUAAAACAGUUAGGAGAUCAAAGUCAUUUACCGAAUGUGCUCCCGUCAGAAAGGUCAGACUGGAGGUGACCAGCAGUGGCAACGUACAAGACAACUCCCUGUGGCGAACCCACCUGGGAAUUCACCGCCUGGGGCAAGCUUCUUGUGAAGGAGUUACCAGGUGCAAGAAUGGACCAUGUGGUUACGACGAUGAGAGACUGAUUUCCAAGGGAAAGGGAACACUGCAACAUGAGGAGUCAGACGGAGUAAGCGAACUAUCCGCCCUCAGUCAACUUGGAAGUUCAAGCACGUUGAGCAGUUUCAGUGAAGAGAAUCGCAGCAACAUUUCCAGCACCUGCCAAAAGCCUCCUCUGAAAUCAGCCACUUCAUCAGUUUGGACACAUCAACAAAUUUCUUCUAAAAAAUGCACGCCGGCCUGCAAAAAAGUGAACUUUUACCCUUUCCCCAGUAAAAAAGGACCGAGAAUUUCCGAAGCGGCAAGGAGGCUUGGACUGUAUGUCUCACGAUGA